AACUCUUUUAACACACUACCAUGAUAUCCUCUAUAUGCCUCCAAUUCAGCUGUACCCCUCAACGCUAAACAUAAACUCUGCACUCACGGAAAAGUGGAAACGACUCUUUUCUUGCUCUUUGGAUCAAAUCACGACCAGCAGAGAGAGUUUCGGAGCAGAAAAGAAAGCGCGACAUAGUUUUUUUUUCUCCACUGAGAAUGUGGCGAACCUGAGGUUGGAGGAAAAGAAAGAAGGCGGACCGCAGCUCAUUGAACGAUCAGAGAGAGAGGAAAGAAGUCGUUUAAUGGCGAGAACUACAUGAAAUCCUGCCGCGGGAUCAGAGGACGAAGCAGCAGCAGAAACAGAGCCGCCGUAGAUUUUCACAUUUCAUUACCAGAACAGUGAAGACGAGAGGAUGUUUUCUGAGCUGAGAGAGCAGAUAUGGGCCGACUGGAUAUGGUUCCCGGAAGGCCACGGUUGGGACGACUUGAAGGAUCACGAUGGCAAAGUCUUCCCUAAAACGCAGGACCUCUGGGCGACUAUACCCAUCGCCCUCUGCUUCCUAGUCAUCAGACAGAUAUUUGAGCGGACGGUAGCGAUUCCUCUGGCCUCUCUGAUGAAAGUGAGCGACAAGCAGCGCGUCCGUGCUUCUCCUAAUCCCGUCCUGGAGUCCUAUUUCUGCAGCACAUCAAAGCACCCCACACAGAGCUCCAUAGAGAGUUUAAGUAAACAGACGGGCUGUUCGGUGCGGCAGGCCCAGAGGUGGUUCAGGCGGCGGAGAAACCAGGACCGACCCAGCAAGGUCAAAAAAUUUCGGGAAGCGAGUUGGAGAUUUACCUUUUACCUUCUUGCUUUCUUUGCUGGCCUGGCAGUCCUUGUUGAUAAACCAUGGUUCUACGAAAUGAAGAUGAUGUGGGAGGAUUUCCCAAAAAUGCCGCUGUUGCCUUCACAGUACUGGUACUACAUGAUCGAACUGGGCUUCUAUGUCUCGCUGCUUUUCAGCGUAGCGUCAGAUGUCAAACGGAAGGAUUUCAAAGAGCAGAUAAUUCACCAUUUGGCCACCAUCGCCCUCAUCGGUUUCUCCUGGCUGGUCAACUACAUCCGGGCAGGAACUUUGAUCAUGUUGGUGCAUGAUGCCGCUGACUAUCUAAUGGAGUCAGCCAAAAUGUUCAACUACGCAGGUUGGAGAAAAACCUGCAACUUCAUCUUCACGUUGUUCGCUGCGGUUUUCAUCAUCACACGCCUCGUCAUCCUCCCCUUCUGGAUCAUACAUACGACGUGGGUGUACCCGCUGACUCUCUACCCCCCCUUCAUCGGCUUCUACUUCUUCAACGGGCUGCUGUUCGUGCUGCAGAUUCUGCACAUCUUCUGGGCCGGGCUCAUCUUACGCAUGGUCAUCAAAUUCCUGCCUGGAAAUGAUAUUGUUGAAGAUGAGCGGAGCGACAAGGAGGAGACGGAGUCCGAGGACGAGGAAGACGAGCACAGGGGAAAGUCUAAAAACGGCCACGUGCAAAACGGCCACACCGUCCUCAACAAUAACCACAGUAAGACGGACUGAUGGGACAGUGAGAGCUGAGGCUGUAUGAGGAGCGACACCUGAAAGCCAAAGAAUGUGAACGAGAACGGAAAGAGGCAGCGGGCGGCACACAAACACACACAUGUACACACUCAUAUCCUCCUUUCUGGUAGUCCAGUGUGGAUAAUUUCACCUCUCUGUGGAUUACACUAAAUUAAAUAAGAGUUAAAAGGCUACUGAGGAGAACCACGAUGAUCUGCCGAAGCAGCAGAGUGUCUUCUCUUUAUUUCUUGCCCUCUUUUCUCCAGUUUCUUUCGCUAUUCACCAGGAUUUUGUGCUGUUGACCAAGUUGCCAAACUCCUGCCUGUUUUCGUAGCUUUAUGUUUUAUGACUGGAAGUGUUUUCAGGAGAUUCUGCCAUUAGGACGGGCAUUUCCUUCCCUUCCUGCAGUCAGUUAACAGUCUUCUAAGUGUCACUGCCCUCAAACCUGACUGAUUGUUUUUUUUGUUUGGUUUUUUUUGCUUUAAAUAUCCAAACUGAAGUCAGUGACAUUGUGAUGAGCACUCGUGUGAAUGUGGCAGUGACUUUCUGUGGACCAUAACAGGAAUUUCAGCCUCUUUACUAAAGUCCAGAGUUUCAGUUUAAUAAUAAAUCCGCAGCUGCCAUUUUGUCACUUUAGUUUACGCCAACGGUUUUGAGACGGUGUUUGAAAAAUAUAUUUGUUCCCGUGAGGUUUAAAGCUGAAUAAUUGGUGAUAAAUAAUAUUUUUUAACAGUUUUAGAGAAGGUGCUACAUCUGCCACGUGUACUGAAAUGUGCCUUGUAUGGAAGUUUGUCUUAAAAUGCUCUGUCUUUCUGGGAAGCACAACGCACAGAGAUCCUUUUAAACGUUUCUUUCGUUUAUGCUUCAUAUCUUUUGAGUUGUAUGAUUUUAUUUUACUUUAUGUUUUAUUUGUUUUUUUUCCCUCAACCCAGUCAGUGGUUUAAAUUUGGGAGCAAUUUGUUUGAGUGUAACCCAAAGCGAUCUGUAAUUGUUUAUUAAUUCUUUAUGGGCUGGAAGAGUCAGUCGCAUUUCCAUUCAGUGUUGUUUAUCAUCCAAAGAUGCACUUUAUGGUUUCUUCUAUAGAUCAACAUCGGCUGCAAAUCUAGUGAACAAGCUUAGUUACGGCGAUUGAUUCAAUGUGAUUUCCUUUUUAGUUUAGAGAGGUUUGGAAUAUGAUUUAAAUUUUGCUUGAUAUUUAUUCUCAUUAGUUUUGGUUUUUGUUGUACAAAAAUACAGUAAUUAAAAAAGAAGAGCUAAAGGAAAUCCUAAGUAAAUUAAAAAUGAAACACCAAAGGUUUGUUUACAUUUUUGUAUAACCUCAUCAUUUGCAAGUGCCUUCAUCAUUUCAGUUAAUUGUUAAAAAGAAAAACAAUCUGUCCCUUUGUCUGAUUCUGUCGACUUCUUGCACCAACACAUCCGACACUUCUCCAGGUAUCCCACAUCCUGAGCGCCUCUCGACCAAUCAGCUGCAGCUUCCUCUAAAGAGCUUUGCUUCUACUGAAGUGUUUUUAUUCUGCAGUGUGUUGCUGAGUUGUAAAAUCAUUAUGACGAUGAUGAUAAAGAUAAUUGUGGAUAACUA